AUGGCGCACCGCAUAGUAACCCAAGUCUUCAUAACUGGCACCCGCGUCUUCGGCCGCGCCGUCUCGGAAGCCUGGCGCCACGCCUCUGCCUCACAAAAAUACCAAGCCGCAACCGGAAUCAAGGGAAGCACCGGCGGAGCAGGCCUGACACUGGAUGAAGCCUGCAAGAUCCUCAAUGUCGGCCCUCCCAAGGGCGGCAAGGCAAACAUGGAACAAGUGACGGAGCGCUUCAAGAAACUCUUCGACCAAAACGAUCCCAAGAAGGGAGGCAGUUUCUACCUGCAGAGCAAGGUGCUAAGAGCAAGAGAAAGAAUUGAGAUGGAAGUGCGAGAGGCGGCGAGGGCGGCGGAGAGGGAAGCAGAGUUGGCGGAAGGAUGGAAGCCAAAGGUUUACAAAGGCCGAUGA